AGCCGGUGUUGGUUCCAGAUGUUUGGAGCCAGAUGGAGUCGGAGUUGGGGGUGUCCCUGGGUGGGAAGCACAGCCCUCCCCAUCAGCCAAUAGCUGGAGGACUCCAGGCUGACACCCUGUUCUUGGCUCUGGCUGCUACAGGCUGGCCAUGCAUAAAAGGACUUCUGUUCUAGCACUCUGGCUCUGCCUUUCUGUAGCCAUACUGGAAGCUCCUCAACCCAUCUUCACCAUCCCACGGGGCUGCAGCCACGUCUUUGGGUGUCUCAGGAUCUCCCUUCCCAAGAUGGACUCCUGCCUGAUCCAGGUGAACAGCAAUAUGGCCCUACCCUCCAUCCUAGAUGUCCAUGUCAACCUCAAUGGAAAAAGUCCUUUGCCCAAGGGAAAAGGCCGCAAGCCCCACUGGGCAGUCAGGGCUUCAGAAAUGUCUAGAAGGACUUUCAAUCCCAUUCGAGCCAUUGUGGAUGCCAUGAAAGUGGAGCCCAACCCCAGGAAGGCUCUGAUAUCUUUGUCCAUAGGGGACCCAACUGUCUUUGGAAACCUUCCUACAGAUGAUGAAGUCACACGGGCCAUGAAGGAAGCAGUAGACUCAGGAAAAUACAAUGGCUAUGCCCCAUCUGUGGGUUACCUGUCUUGUCGAGAGGUGGUUGCAGGCUACUACAAUUGUCCAGAAGCACCCCUGAAAGCCCAGGAUGUAAUCCUGACCAGUGGCUGCAGUCAGGCCAUUGAAUUAGCUUUAGCAGUCCUGGCUAACCCUGGACAGAACAUCUUGGUGCCACGCCCUGGUUUCUCCCUCUACAAAACCUUGGCUCACUCCAUGGGAAUCAAAGUCAAGUUCUACAAUCUCUUGCCAGAGAAGUCCUGGGAAAUUGACCUGAAGCAAAUGGAAUCGCUGGUGGACAAUCGGACGGCUUGCCUGAUUGUGAACAACCCAUCCAACCCCUGCGGUUCUGUUUUCAGCAGAAGUCACCUCCAGAAGAUCCUGACGGUGGCCUCCAGGCAGUGUGUCCCCAUUUUGGCAGAUGAGAUCUAUGCAGAAAUGGUGUUUGAAGACUGUAAAUACGAGUCCCUUGCAAAGCUCAGCACGAACGUCCCGAUCCUGUCCUGUGGAGGCCUUGCCAAGCGGUGGCUGGUGCCUGGCUGGAGGAUGGGAUGGAUUCUGAUCCAUGACCGCCGGGACAUCUUUGGAGAGGAGAUCAGGGAGGGCCUUCUGAGGCUGAGCCAAAGGAUUUUGGGGCCCUGCACAGCUGUCCAGGGAGCCCUUGGGCAUAUCUUCCACCGGACGUCCCCUGAAUUCUAUCACAACACACUCAGCUUCCUCAAGGCAGCCAUGUUGAAGCUGAGCAAGACUGACAUCCUGGUGAUCUUGGCAAUUCAGGUUGCAGUUCUGUGUUUCAUUUUUCAGCUUUACCACUCCCCGCAGGAAAAGUUGACCCAGAAGCAUAUCCUCAUCCUCUCCUCCUGGAGGUCUGGGUCUUCCUUUGUAGGGCAACUCUUCAGUCAGCAUCCCAAUGUUUUCUACCUAAUGGAGCCAGCCUGGCACGUGUGGGCAGCCAUGUACCAAAACAGCGCCAAGGUCUUGCACAUGGCAGUGCGGGACCUUGUCCAGUCAGUCUUCAAAUGUGACAUGUCUGUCUUUGAUGCCUAUAUGAAUGAGCGCAGGAAUAAGUCUGCGCUCUUCCAGUGGGAGACCAGCCGGGCUUUGUGCUCUCCCCCUGCAUGUGACUUCUUCCAGCGCAGCGACAUCAUCUCCAAACGUUCCUGCAAGACACUCUGUGGGAAUUAUCCAUUCAGCAAAGUGGAAGAGGCCUGCAAGACAUACAGCCAUGUUGUCUUGAAGGAAGUCCGUUUCUUUGACCUCAAGGUGCUUUAUCCUCUCCUCACCGACCCCUCCCUGAACCUUAGAAUCAUCCACCUGGUCCGUGACCCUAGGGCUGUUUUCCAUUCCCGUGUGAAUGCAGCAAAUGAACUUGCCCGUGACACUAAGAUUGUGGUGAGGCAUAAGAACAAUAUGAAGGACAUGAAGCCCUAUGCCAUCAUGAAUGCAAUUUGCAAAAGUCACAUUGACAUACACACUGGGGUCAAGCAAUCCUUCAAAGAUCGCUACCUCUUGGUUCGCUAUGAGGAUAUUGUUAAGACUCCCUUGGCAAGAGCUGCUCAGCUGUACCACUUUGCAGGGCUUCACUUCCUUCCCAGCCUUCAGUCCUGGGUGCACAACAUCACACAUGGCCAAGGCCUUGGCACCAAGGUCUUUGACACCGACUCCAGGGAUGCAAUGAACGUGUCACGGGCUUGGAGAAAGACUCUUUCGUAUCUCCAAACAGCAACGGUACAAAACAUCUGCAAGGAUGCUAUGGAACUUUUGGGCUACCAGCCUGCUAGAUCUGAGAAUGAACAAAAGAACAUGGCAUUUGACCUCUUGUAUGCAGAGGAAUCAUUGACCAAGUAGAACACAAAAACUGCCUGUCCAGGUUCCAGCAGCUCAAAGGGACACAACUAGACUACCCCAGGUGGCUGUAGCCUGCGUAGAUGGACCUGAACAUGAAGGGAUGAGGAAGCACCUGGCAUCUGCUCUGUGAGAAAUGUUGGAGCAGCUAACAAAUAAGCAAAAGCAAUUCAAACCCUCCUGGUACCACUAUGCUUCUAGUUACUUGUCCCAACAGUCUGCUAUCUGCAGUGGUUGACUGCUGGAAUAUUUCCCAUGGGUGUGGAUCUGCUCACUUGACUUGCAUCCAGUCCCUGACUCAAAUGGAGACAUUUUCAAUAAUGUGGUCUGUACUUAUUUCUUUGAAAUGUAACUUCCUGCCUAAUAUUCAGAAUAUGUUGUUUGUCAAUUGAUUGAGAAACAUG